UUCGUAUUUGCGUUUUAACAACAAAAUGAUUUUUUGAGCUUUCAAGAAGAUUUUGUUUGCAAUUUAAACUUCUUUUUUUCGUUUGUCUAUUUAUCUCCUAUCUAUUGACAUUUGUUUGUUGAUUAAUCUAUACCUACCAAGAUGGUGACUGUUGUACAACAGGUUACCACAUUUGCUACUCUCUAUAUUGGCUAUAUGCUUUAUGUGUUCGUACGCAAGUCCUUCUCCUUUGCCACACCAGCUGUUUUACAACAUGAAGAAAUGGAAAAAAAUCACUUAGGUUUAAUUGUGAGCAGUCAGAUGGUUGGGUACACAAUCAGCAAGUUGAUUGGUGGGGUCCUUGUUGACAUGUAUAGUCCUAAGCUGGUCUUUUCCGUUGGUUUGUUCUUUACAGGACUCACAGCUAUAAUCUUUACAGUAUUCGACUCGGUACUGAUGUUCACUGUGUUCUGGUUCCUCAAUGGAUUUGUUCAGGGCCCAGGCUGGCCAGCAUGUGCCGUUCUCAUCAAGAGGCUGUUUUCUCCGAGCCACUUCGGAACAUGGUGGAGUAUUUUAUCAACGUCGAUGAAUGUAGCUGGAUCUGUUGGCCCCUUGGUCUCUGCUGGAUUGAUUACCUUGUAUGGUUGGAGGACUGGUAUUGUUGCAGGAGGAUUGUUGGCAAUCUCAUUAUCUGGGAUCUCAGUGUUCACAAUGAGGGAAUCUACAACAGACCCAGUGAAGCCUGUUCAUAAAAAGGAUGCGGCCAAAUCAAAAUCAUCAAGUCUGAAGUUAAGACUUCCAGAGCUGCUGGGCAGACCUAUUUAUUUAGCUGUGUGCAUCAAUUACUUUGUUGUGUCGUUGAUACGUGGUGGAUGCAAUGACUGGGGCCAGUUGUAUCUCAUUCAGGAGAAAGGACAACCAGUCAUCAUUGGAAGUGCAUUUACAAGUAGUCAGGAAGUUGGUGGAAUUGUAGGAAGUAUUCUCGCAGGAUAUGUGUCAGAUUAUUUGAUAUCCAAAAAAGGUUGGAAGUAUAAUCCACGACUAAAAGUUGUUCUUUGGUUUACAUGGGUUGUUGCUGUCUGCCUUUAUCUUCUCUUAUAUUAUGUGACAUCAGACUCCAGAAAGAUCUGGAUCAGUUUCUUGGGAUUUGGGAUUGGUUUUGGUCUGUACGGAGCUAUCGCCAUGUUUGGUGUGACAGCCAUGGAGAUGGCACCUGAUCAGAUGGAGGGGACUGCUCAUUCUAUUGCAGCUUUAGCCGCAAACAUUGGUUUGGUGUUAUCAGGACUGCCUCUGAGUUUCAUUGCCAAGUUCUACAACUGGCACACCACAUUUAUAAUUUUAGGUUAUCUGUCCAUGGCUUCGGCCAUGAUUGCCUACUUUUCACAGUGGCCAACAUUACCCACAGAGGAAGAUGAGAAAAAGAAAAAGUAAUUCCAUGAAAGCAUCCAUUAAACAUGGGGUUAUGGCAUUUUUACAUUAUUGACCGAAUUAUUAUCUCAACUGUCUCAUAAAAAAAGUUUUGUAACUUACUAUUUCUCUAAGUGUUAAUUAUCCACUGAAAAGAAAAAGGUGGAUUUCAGAUGUUGUACUUGAAGUCAAGUAAAAAGAACAUAUAGUCAACAUCUUCAUUGGGAAAACAAUGUGCAUGAAAACAUGAUCAUGUACAGACACCCAAGACAGAAUAAAGAUGACUAGUCAUUGAAGGAUCAAUCAAAACUUCCGAACAUUGUUUCAAACAAAACAAUAUUUACUUGAUCUCUUCACGAAGUAAGGUUUCAUCCUAAGUGUUAAAUUCAUCUCGGUGUAUUACUAAUCAUUUGGGUGAAAGUUCUGCAACUCCUUGGUAAUUUUCUGAAAAUGAAAUCGGGGAUAUAUAUUAUUUAAUUAUGAAACCGGUGUGGCCAGUAUUGCUAAAAUGAACUUUGCCAAAGAGAACGUGAACAAAAUGGCUGGCUGUUGAAAUGCAGCUGUUUAUGUCAAACAUGAUAGUUGAGAGUCUUGAGCUUCAGAAACAGAGACUAAACCUGUUGCUGGCACAUAGGUUAUUUCUGAUUAGCACAAAGUGUUUUUUAUAAGCACAUUAUUAUAUGAUAUACCAUUAUAAACCAAAAAUAUCAUGUCUAGUUCAUAAUUACAAAGGAUAUGAAGAAUGUUUUGAAAGUGAAAAUCAAAUUAAAUAAAAGUUAUGUAACUGGAUUAACAAGUCAACAACUUCUAUCUUUGACAAUGGAGCCUCUUCAUUCCACAAAACAAAAGAAGAAUGGGAACUCUACUAUUAUUUUCAACAUGUACCGGAACAGUAGCCACUUGAUAUUGUUUAAAUACGAGCUGAACUGAUUUUCUGUUAUUAAGAUGAAAACUGUGCUCACAGUUGUUACACUACUUUCUCAUAUUGUGGAGAGUUGUUGAUGUUAUUGCUUAUUUUAAUAUUUAUUUUUCCUUGGUGGCAGAUCUGGCAUGGCUGUUGAUAUCUAUAUUUAUAUAUUUUUUGUUGUUGUGUAUUGUUACGUGUUUGGAAUCCAGCUUAAGGAUAUUUAAGCCAGCUUAACUGAUACGCAUUAAUAAUCAUGCAUUGUGUUCAUUUCCACGGUGUCACGUCGAAUGUUAGUAAUUCAGUCGAGAUAAAUUCACAAAUCAAAACCUAUGCUUUGAAGGGAAAAUAAAUUUAAUUGUAUUGUCUGGCUUUUCUUUAUACAAAGGCAUUAAUUUUGUGAUGGUGUGAGAAUCAUUUGUAUUUUAAAAUGACCACUUUUUUAUUACUAUUGUUAACUUUACAAACAUUUAAGUUUGGAUUCAUGAGCUGGAAUCGAAACAAAAACUACGUACACAUUAUAAGGUCCCACAAGAACGAAAAUAAACUGGCUUAUAUUUAGUAAGUUAAAAUGUGAUUUGUUUAAUCAUUGUCUUAAUAGUGAUGAACUAAUAACGUUAUAAUUUAUUCUGGGACAUAAAUCCCAAUAAAAUGUUAAUAGUUCAGCACUCGUCUGUCAAAAACUCCAAAUGCAAGGCUAGUAUUUUUAGUAGUCAGGGUUUUGGUUAGGGCUACUAGCUUCUUUUAAAACAGGUUAGCUGGGGAUAAAAACACAUUUGCCUAAAAAUAUUUUACAUAAAUGGGCUAUUUUUCAAAUUUUAAUGAAUAUACUGCUCAUUUGGGAAAAGUGUUACAACCAAAAUUAUUUUCUAGCACGAGCCUUGCUGUCAGUAACCAUGGAUGAAAACUUAAGUAUUUAAGGCUCUUUUUUUUCUCUUUGAACUGAAAGUAUUUUCUUACAUGAAGUUUUAAUGUUCAGUUUCAUUAGGGACUACUUAGUUAUGACUUUAUAUUGUGAAACCCCUCAACACCUAAGUAAAAAGUCUGGUCUCAAAGACAUUAAGUUCCUUGUUCAUUACAAAAUUUGGAAUAAUUAAAGGAUGCACCAUCAUUGGUUGUA